AAAAAUCAUUUUUAGUGGUGCAGAAUUUUUAAAUAUGAUUUUCCAUUUUAAUAUUAAAAAAUGUCUGCCACGGCUACGGUUACAGGGUGACCAUCACCAUUUCGAGCAUUUGUGCAUAUUUCUCUUCGAUAAGUUACCGAAUUCCACUUGUAAGAUCUUGAUUCUAGAGCAGUGGUGGUUCUAUAGAAAGAAGUCCAAAGGUAACACCUUCACAUCACAUAAUCCCAAUGACCAAUUUUCAACUUCUUGCAAAACAACAUUGUCAGCAAACUUUUCUUUCGAAACUGGGAACUGUUAAUGAAAAGUGUUCACCACAUUUGUAGUGAACUUAAACAAUUACAAUGCUUCGUUAAAGGGUACAUAAUUCAAUUUUUGAUAAUGGCUUAGUUUUAACUUUUCGAAUGUCAAAAUAUAACAGCUUUUAUGGUAACAGCUGUCAAAAUAGAGGGGCAUUUAAAAUUAAACCUAUUAUUGGAAAACUCUUUAUAAAAAAUGCCGUGGUUUGCGAAUCUAACCCUUAAGGAAAUUUCUUAGGUACUUAUGCAUCUUAUUCUAGGAAAAUUGAUUCAUAAUUAAUGCUGCUGAGCAGAAUUAAGUGACCCAAUAAAAAAUGUCAAUUAAAAUGGUUGUUUGAAUACAAAAUUUGCCUUUACCUAAAUAUUUCAAAAACAAAAAAUAGAAUUUAGAUUUAAAAAAUUUGUUUUACUUAUUGCAAUUUUUUAACUUUAUUAACAUUUUUUGGACUUACUGAAGGUUUUCUUUCUGUUUAAUUUACGGACAAACCGAAUCACAAUUUAACGGAAAAUAAAAUCGCUUGGCUUAAACAUUUUGGCACAGAUUUUAUUUCUUGUUUUCAUAAAUCUGUUAAAAAUUUAACUCAAUUAUUAUUUAGUAAUUUAUUAUUGAUUAAGUUAUUAUCAACCAUGCGUAAAUAUUCAGAUUAUUUUAUUUAUCAAAAAUAUUUUUUUAUUUUCUAAUCAAAUUGAAGAAUCUUUAAAUAACAAAACUUUUAAUUAUUUUCAAAUUAAAAAGCACUUUAUGUAAUACAAAACAUUUAAUUAUAAUAUAAUUAUUGUUAAGUAAAUCCUUUAUAAACAAAUGUAUUUAAAAUAAAAUUUCCAAUAGUAACAAAAAUGAGACUAAAUUGUUCACUCAUCGCUGUGGGAAUUUUAGUAACAUUAACAAUAUUAGUGACUAGUGAUGACCAAAAUGGAAAUUUUAAAAAAGUUGUCUGCAUCAUACAUGAAAAAUCAUUUUUUACAAAUUAUUCAUGUUCAUCGAAGCCAAUAAAUCGUUAUAAGACCGUUGUGACCAUGAUUGGUCAGCUUUCAAAGCGAUUGGAUAAUAUGAUGCUACACCAUCAAAUGCAUAAAAAGUUCAAUGUUAUCUAUCGACCAUUUUUGGUGAAUGUUACAGAAGACUUCUGUCAAAAAUUUGUAAACAAAGCUAAAUCACCGUAUUUAAAUAUUUUAAUGAAUAUUGGACAAAAAUAUACAAAUCUUAAUCACACUUGUCCUUAUGAGGGUUGGCUAAUAAUCAAAAACAUGGAAUUGGAUCUUAGCAGUCUAAGGCUUCUGCUACCAGAAGGAGAAUAUCGCUAUGAUCUUGAACCAAUUGUUGAUAUCGAUAACAAACCGACCAUAGUUUUUAGCAUUCAGGCUUUUUUCGAGAUUGGAGGCUUAUGGAGGAAAAAGAAUUAACAACUACUGCAAAAGACCAUCAUAUCUUUUAUUGAUAAAGUGAACUUUGUAAAAUUGACAUUUUUGUUUAAAAACUUAAGUUGACUUGAAUUUUUACUAAAUAUAUACAAAUUCUGAAAUAAUA